CACAUCCUCACAUCGCCUCUAGAGUGCAUUAGUAUUGGUAAAAUUAAAGGUAAAUUAAUAUCUCCGCUGCAGUCUUGGAGGUCUGAUGGUAUGACGCCUCUUGUGAGUCAUUGCAACAUCAAACCGACGCUACACUAAUGAUUUCACAGCUCCUGAGCACAUCAUCGUCUCUCCCUCCGGCGAGCGAGCGCACAAUGAAUGAAGGAACGAGGCAAGUGAUGCUGCGCUGGGGAUAUUUCUAAAGGCUUUUGUCCUGGCUGUAUUCCCUUUACGAUAACAAUUUGGCGUUAAGAUGUUCCCAUCGUGCUAUUCUAAGCCCAAGAAUGGGUCUCAGUUUAAGAUGUCUUACACCAAAGUGAUUUUUGGGGUGUUGGUGGUGUAUGUCCUCCAUACGUGCUGGGCCAUAUACGGCUUCAUUCACACCAAACCCUGUGACAGCACCAUAGGUGACAACUGCGUGACAUCUUACCUCACUGUCAAGCCUCGACUGCAGCUCAGCAUCUAUUCUGCUCUGGACCUCAGUGAUGAGGCUGGACACAACCUUUUGUUCAAACUGGACAGAUUUGACAUUAACUCAACGUUUGAAAGAAAGGUGAGUGUCACACUUCCUAAGAUGACUCAUAAUAAUGGGACAGUCCAUGCUGUAGUGUUUGUACACAAGAGUGGAGUUUUACCUUGGAAAGACAGUAGACAUGUGCGGCUUGUGACCCGUCUCACCUCUCAGAUGAUCCCACUUCAGUCUGCUGGCACCACAACUAAAGACACCCCUGAGACGCUAGAGAAGAAGCAGAUUGUUUCAUACUGGAGAUCGCAACUCACCUUGAACUUAAUGAAUGAGGACUUCACAUUCAGCAGUGCUGCAGUGCCAAGCGACCUGCACCGCUAUAUGAAAAUAGUUGAAGUUGGAAAAAAGGAAAAAAGGAAAUUGUAUCUGCCGCUUUUGCUGGUCGAUGAACUAAGAACACGAAUGAAGGACUUAAUAGAGAUAAACAGCACCACAAAAGCUGUCCCACUGACAAUAUCAUAUGCUACCAUUACCUUACGCAAAUUUAGAAUAUGGAUCCACAUACAAGGUGUCAUAUACUCACUCAAACAUUUUGGAUUUUCAGAGAAGAACCUUGAUGAAAUUAAAUCCAUGUUUGUUGAUAGCGGGCUGCAUGUCUUGGCUUUGUCUGUUCUCGUGCCUGCAUUCCAUCUUUCAUUUGAAGUCUUUGCCUUCAAGAAUGACAUAAAGUUCUGGCGAGAGAAGAAGAGUUUAGCAGGCAUUUCUAAGAGAUCAGUUCUUUGGAGAUGUUUUAGCACCAUAGUAAUAUUCCUCCAUCUACUAGAAGAGAAAUCUAGCUGGCUCAUUCUACUGCCCAGUGGGAUUGCAGCUCUGAUUGAGUUAUGGAAAGUCAAUAAGGUCAUAGCACUUUCACCUAAAUUACAUGUUGAAAGAAUGGAUGAUUUUGAGCGAGCAACAGAAGAGUAUGAUUCUAAGGCUAUGAAGUUCUUGUCAUAUCUGAUUUAUCCGUUGUGUAUCAGUGGGGCUGUAUACUCAUACUUAUAUCUCCAAAAUAAAAGUUGGUACUCUUGGAUAACCAAUGGCCUUAUUAGUGGUGUUUAUGCUUUUGGAUUUCUAUCGAUGGUCCCUCAGCUGUUCAUCAAUUACAAGUUAAAAUCAGUGGCUCACCUACAGAUGUCCAUCUUAAUGUAUAAGGGCUUGAACACGUUCAUCAGUGAUGUGUUCAGUGGAAUAAUAACUACCCCUGGACCCCAUCAGCUGGCCUGCUUCAGAGAUGAUGUGGUCUUCCUCAUUUACCUCUAUCAGCGCAGGAUUUAUCCUAUAAGCAAAUCCAGGUCUCGCAAUCAUGGGGCAUCACUCAGGAGGAAACCCAAAGGAAAACCACAUGAGGACUGAGCAUUUGCUCAGCAGCCUUCUCUGAGAGCUUGCACUCUUCAUGCAUGCAAUACAGGAGAACCACUAGGCACAAUGAAAAAGGGAACUACAGUCGCCAACAGUCCUCUCCUGUGUAUUCUUGUAAUGAGCAUGCUGACUGCUGUAAAAAUUGACCGAGCUUCACUUAGGACUGCUACAGUAAUUCAUACUGGAACAACCCACAGCUGAAGAGAAAGGCAGAGCACAACUUCUUUGCACAGUUACACUUGUGUGUAGUAUUGACUCAGGCCAACACAUCAGGCCAGUGGUUCUCAACUGGUGGGUUGUGACCCAAAAAUAAAUUGCAGGUCUGUUCUGAAAGAGUCGUGGACACCAGGGAAAAAACAAUGCUAAAUGCAAAUGAUAAUAUGCAACUAUUAAUAUAAUUAUGCAUCAUUAGGAUAUCAAAACAAAUAGGAAAAAACACUGCUUUUAUUGAUGAUGUCAAAGGCCAUUUGGCCAAUCAAACUCUAUGGUAUUUGGGCACAAAUGCAUAUGCCACUUGGUAGAACCUAGCCAAUUAGGCAGAUGCCAAAAUGGAACCAUUUAAGAGAGACGGUACAUUUAAGAGUCAUUCAGAAACCAACAUUUUAAUUUUAAUAGUAAUACAUUUUGCAUGUUGGGCCUAUGCAGUUUAUGGUAAUGGUAAUAUAAAUACAUUUUAAUGUUUGAUGGACAUUUUUGUUAACUUUUGAAUGUUAUGGGCCACUUGAUGUCCAAAGUAAAAUCUAGUUCCUGAAGCAAAACCACUUGAGAACCACUUCACCAGACAACAAAAAGUAAAGUAAAGAUUUCAAAAUGUAUUUUUGGUUUGCUGCUUUGCAUUGGUCUUGAACAGCAUCUUUAAAUGUGGAAGUUCCUAAUUUAUCAUAUGCCACUGCAGCGGAUGUGGGUUAACAUCUAUGAACUGUAAAAUGAAAGUAAUUUGGGUGCUGAGAAGUUUAAAACUGAUUUCUUUACAUGUGCUGACAUGGCAAGCUUCAGUAUGGUAUUUAUUGCUAAUAUUUUAAGAGUAUUAUUUUGUUGUGCAUUAUUUGGUCUUGUUUAUUAUGAAAGAGGUAAUCUCAGAAUGCCACAUACCCCCAUAAAAAAUAUUUUAGCCUUUUUUUAAGAUUUAAAGGGGUCAUGACAUGAGGAAUCAAAUUUGUCUUGAUCUUUUGACAUAUAUGAGGUCACUGUACAAUAAAACUUACUGUAUGUUUCAGAACUCAAAACUUCCUCCUCACUGCAAAAAAAGCAUUUGUUGAAACAAAGCUGCCAACAUGAUUCGUUUUCUACUUCCUCCACAUUGUGAUGUCACACUGUGAUAGACAUUUGCAUCUGACCGCAUCUACAACAACACAUCAACGCUUCUUUACCUUAUUACUUCCGUAGCCCUGACCAGUAGUGAUGAGCAGUGAGAUGGCAAAGAGAGAGCAGGUCAGUCAAGAGCAGAGAGCCAAUCAUAACAGUGGGUGUUUACUGUCAAGAAUUAAAGGAGAGGCAGCACCAAAACCGAGCGUUUCUGACAGAGGGUCAUAUUAUAAAAUAUAUAAUAAUAUAAAAUAUAUUAUAAUAUUUUUUAUUAAUUUUAUAAUUGAACCUCAAGGAACACAUACAAAUAAUAAUAAUUUAAAAAAGGCAUGUCAUGACCCAUUUAAGCAUUUAAAUUUCAUAACAAAAUUCCAUCAAAUUGAACUGUGUAAUUUUUAACAAAAUUAAUAAAUAUGUAGUUUUUUUAUUAUUAUUAUUUUGUUAAAGAUUGGAAUUUUGCUAUGACAUUGAAAUGUGUAAAUCUUAAAAUUAUUUUUUGAGUGAGAUUUUGUAAAAAGAAAAAAAAUUGGUUAUAUCUAGGUAAUAUGGUUUCACUUGUUUUUCUUUUGGGGAAUUUUUUUUUUAAUU